AGGCCUGCCCCACGGACACCAGCGACCCCACGUGCCCGCCCUUCGGAAUCACCGCGCGCGCGCUCCGGUCCCACCGCGGCGCCUGCGCAAGCCGGGCCUUUUACGGCGCCGUAAAGCAGCUCGGCCGAGCCGGCGGCCGCAGUUUUUGGGGUGGCAGCGGCAUGGAGGCACGUUUUACGCGCGGGAAGUCUGCGCUGCUGGAGCGCGCUCUGGCGCGGCCGCGCACUGAGGUGAGCCUGAGCGCCUUCGCGUUGCUGUUCUCCGAGCUGGUGCAGCACUGCCAGAGCCGUGUCUUCUCGGUGGCCGAGCUGCAGGCGCGUCUAGCCGCGCUGGGCCGCCAGGUGGGUGCACGCGUGCUGGAUGCCCUGGUGGCGCGUGAGAAGGGUGCCCGGCGCGAGACCAAGGUGCUGGGUGCGCUGCUCUUCGUCAAGGGCGCGGUGUGGAAGGCCCUCUUCGGCAAGGAGGCCGACAAGCUGGAGCAGGCCAACGAUGAUGCGCGCACCUUCUAUAUCAUUGAGCGGGAGCCACUUAUCAACACCUACAUCUCUGUGCCCAAGGAGAACAGCACACUCAACUGCGCCAGCUUCACGGCGGGCAUUGUGGAGGCGGUGCUCACACACAGCGGCUUCCCUGCCAAGGUCACAGCACACUGGCACAAGGGCACCACGCUCAUGAUCAAGUUCGAGGAGGCGGUCAUUGCCCGAGACCGGGCCCUGGAGGGCCGCUGAGCAUUCCCCCUCCCCACACCCCGGAGAUAAAGGAUGCAGAGAGUCCUCUUCC